CAUUUAUUUCUUGUUCCUGGCAAUUCUGUCUCUGAAGAUUGGCACCUCUACCCUGGUGAGGAUGGCAUCAUCUUUCUUUCCUGACUUUGGCCUGAUGUGGUACCUGAAGGAGCUCAAAAGGGAUGAAUUCAAAAAAUUCAAGGAUGUCCUCAGGAAAGAGCCUCUUGAAUUGGGACUCAAGCCACUUCCCUGGAGUGAAGUAAAAAGGGCCACACGGGAGAAUCUCGCAAAGCUCCUGACCGUGAAUUACGAGGAAGAACAAGCCUGGAAUGUGACCCUCAGCAUCUUCCACAAGAUCAGCAGAAAAGACCUCUGUGAGAAGGCCAAGAAGGAGAUUACAGGACAUGCAAAGACAUAUCAAGCUCACAUAAAGGAGAAAUUCUCCAACCUAUGGUUCCAAGAAGCCCGCACCAGGAUUCAUGAGUAUCUUGACCAGGAAAAUGCCCGUAAGGAGCAGGAAAGUCUACAACGGCUUUUUGCUCCUAAAAGAACUGGGAAAUGGACACGGACCGUGAUCCUCCUUGGACCACAAGGGGUUGGGAAGACAACAUACCUGGUAAAGCUGAUGCUGGCCUGGGCGGAGGGCAACCUCUUUCGAGAGAGAUUCUCUUAUGUCUUCUACUUCUGCUGCCAGGAACUGAAGCAGCUGACAAAGACGAGCUUGGCUGCGUUGAUUUCUAGAGACUGGUCUGACUCCCUUGCUCCUUUGCAAGAAAUCACAUCCCAACCAGAGAGGCUCUUGUUCGUCAUUGACAGUUUUGAAGAACUGAAGCAUGACUUGAAUGAGCCUGAGUCGGAUCUGUGCAGCGACUGGACAGAGAAGCGGCCAGUGCAGCUAGUCCUCAGUAGCCUGCUGAGGAAGAAAAUCUUCCCAGAGUCCUCUUUGCUCAUUGCAGCCAAGCCUGUGUACCCACGGAAAAUAGAGCUCAGCUUGGACGGGCCAGAAAUUAGAGAACUCCUGGGAUUCAGUGAGACUGAUAGGAAGCUGUAUUUCUACACCAUCUUUCGAGACAGGAAUAGAGCCAUGGAAGCCUUCAGGUUGGUGAGGGAAAACAAACAGCUCUUUUGCAUGUGCCAAAUCCCUGUCCUUUGCUGGGCUGUGUGUACUUGCCUGAAACAAGAGAUGGACAAGGGGAGAGAUCUGGCGCCCACCUGCCAACACACCACCUCUAUUUUUACCUCUUUUGUCUUUGGCCUGUUCACACCCAAGGGUGCUGGUUGUCCAGAUCAGCAAAGCCAACGUCUGCUGAAGGGCUUGUGCUUCCUGGCUGCAGAGGGCAUGUGGACAGACACGUUUGUAUUUGGUGAAGAAGAUCUCGAGAGAAAUGGGUUAUGUGAUUCGGACAUCCCUGCGCUGCUGGGCUUAAAGGCGCUUCAGAAGUGCAGGGCCUUCGAGAAGUCCUAUGCCUUCAUCCACGUGUGCAUCCAGGAGUUCUGUGCCGCCAUGUUCUACCUUCUGAGUGGUCACGCCCAACACCCCAACCCCGCUGUUGGCUCUCUCGAGGCACUGCUGCUGACCUUUUUAAAGAGGGUAAAUGUAUACUGGAUUUAUUUGGGGUGCUUCCUGUUUGGCCUUUUACGUGAAGAGGAACAAAAAAAGCUGGAUGCAUUUUUUGGCAUCCACCUGGCCCAGGAGAUCCAGCAGAAGUGUCACCAGUUCUUGCAAAGCAUAGCUGAGAAUGAACAUUCCUGGAAACAGGUAGAUUUCUUGGCAUUGUGUUACUGUCUGUAUGAGAUGCGGAAUGAAGACUUCGUACAGUGGGCAAUGGACUUCUUCCAGGCUGUUAAAUUAUCCAUCAUUGACGAUGCCGACCUGGUGGUUUCUGCCUACUGCUUAAAACACUGUUCUGGCUUGAGGACACUUUGGGUUUCUGCCCUACAUGACUUUGAGGAAGAGGAUGAAGAAGGUUCCAUGUCACGUUACAGUGCCAUCCACUGGAAUCAAGUCUGUUCUGCGCUCAUUACAAAUGAGAACCUCAGAGAAUUCCGAAUGAGUGACAGCAGCCUCCAUGGCUUCGCUUUUGUGACUUUGUGCGAUCAGCUGAAGCAUCCUCGCUGUCGCCUUCAAAAGCUUCACCUGAAUAAUGUCUCCUUUCCCCGUGGGAGCCGGCUCUUCUUUGAGGUGCUGACUCACAGCCCACAUUUGAAAUGCCUGAACCUCAGUGGCACGAAGCUCUCACGCAAUGCUAUGAAGCUGCUCUGUGAAGCCUUGAACAACCCCACGUGCAACAUCGAAGAGCUGCUGGUGGCAGGAUGUUGGCUCUCGGUGGAGGACUGUUCAGCCUUUUCCCAGAUCCUAAGGAGCCGCAGGAAACUGCUGAAUCUUAAUGUCUCACGCAACUACUUGGCCCCAGGGGCACCCCUGCUGUGUAAGGUCCUGUGUCAGCCAGACUGUGCUCUGAGGGUCUUGGAUUUAGGUCACUGCUACCUCGAUCAACACUGCUGGACAAACCUCUAUGAAGUUCUUCUGUGUAACAAAAGCUUGAUCCAUCUGGACCUCACAUCAAAUAUCCUGAAAGAUGAAAAACUGAAGCUUCUCUGUGAGGCAUUGAAAGAGCCAGGUUGCCACCUGCAGUCACUGUGGAUUUUAAAAUGUCUCAUCACAGCCGCCGGCUGUCGAGAACUUGCCUCCGUGCUCCCUGUCAAUCCGAACCUGAGAAAUCUGCAACUCGGGUACAAUGACAUAGAAGAUGCUGGCGUGAAGCUGCUGUGCGAAGGUCUGACACAUCCCAGCUGUCGCUUAGAGAUACUUGGGCUGGGUGAGUGCAAGCUAACCAGCGCCUGCUGCCAGGAUAUCUCUUCUGUCCUUACCAGCAGCAAAACUCUGAGGAUUUUGAAUCUGGGUAGAAAUGCCUUGGACCUCAGUGGGGUGGUGGUGCUUUGCGAGGCCCUGAGGCACCCUGAGUGCACCCUGCAGGUUCUCAGCCUGAAAAAAGAGGAACUCGAUGAGGAAACCCAGAGAUUUCUGAUGGCUGAGGAGAAGAAAAAUCCCAAAUGGCCCAUCAUAGGUGAAUGA